AUGUCUGCGAAAAGGCGGCCACCUGUUUUGCUCAAGCCUAAUCGCGCUAGUAGAAUUAUUGCUUUAGUGCCGAAUGAAUAUGCACCUUCCGAUGCUAGCGAAAUAUCAGAUUCUGAAACUGAAUUGCAUGAUGCACAUACAUCCGACGAUGAAGAAUUACACUCCGAAGAUGCUGAUAUUAUACCAGAUUCUAUCGUGCGUGAAAUUGGCGAAUGUUUUUAUGAAAAUGUUCCAUCCCUAUCUGCUAUUCCUUCAUUGCCUGCAACGCCUAUAACACCAAUAGGUUCUUCAUUAGCACCCCGAAAAACAAGAUCUAGGAAACCACCCACAGUCAAAGCUAAAAGACCAAAAAAAAACAAAAAAAUUCAGCUGACUUACAAUUGGAGAGUAGCUCAAUUCCGUCACCAAGCGACAAUAGAAGAGGGUGAGGAGGAUGAUUACAUAGACCUGCCAGAAGAUGAUUCACCUUUGAGUUCCUUUCACCUUUUUUUUCUCAAGAUAUUUUUACUAGUAUCGUAG